GUCAACUAGAACAAGACGUCUGAGUGCUGGUUUCUCAUAUAUGUGAAGUACAUCACCUACCAUUAUGUUUAGUACUAAAAGAUGGGAGCUGAGGCUGAGAGAUAGUGACUCAACCAAUGCCACCCAGCUAAAGAAAAAGUCCCAGUCUAUUGAUAUUUCUGGAUCAGGCUAUGAACCUCUGGCACCAGCAGCACAACAUGCAAUGCAACCAACUAAACCAGCACCUGUUACCAAUACAACUACUUCUGAAGAGGAGCAGAACAACACUGCAAAUACUCAAAGGCGCAAUCCACGAAGGGGUGAGCUGAAGAGAUACUACACCAUAGAUACUGGCCAGAAGAAGACCCUUGAUAAGAAAGAUGGGAGACGAAUGUCUUUUCAAAAGCCUAAAGGGACUAUAGAAUACACAGUUGAAUCAAGAGAUUCUCUGAAUACUGUUGCCUUGAAAUUUGAUACAACCCCCAAUGAACUGGUUCAGUUAAACAAGCUGUUUUCCAGAGCAGUUGUUCCAGGACAGGUUUUAUAUGUUCCUGAUCCAGAAUAUAUUUCCAGUGUGGAGAUUCCUUCACUUAGUCCUAUAAGUCCUUUGUCACCUACAUCUUCAGAAGCGAGGUAGAGAAGCCAGCUGGAUUCAGAUGGGGUACAUUGCAAAGAAGCAACAGCCACACCAGCUUACACAUGUGUUCGGCCUACAAGAGUGGUUUCCUAUUCAGAGGAGGAAGCUUUCACAGAGAAAUUUCUCAAAAUUAAUUGCAAAUAAACAAACAACAAGGGAACAGUCAACGGUGUGCUGCUAGUGACUCCAAAUAAUAUAAUGUUUGAUCCACAUAAAACGGAUCCAUUGGUUCAAGAGAAUGGCUGUGAAGACUAUGGCAUUAUGUGUCCAAUGGAAGAAGUGAUGUCAGCUGCUAUGUAUAAAGAUAUUGUAGACGGCAAAAUAAAGGAUUCAUUACCCAUUGAUGUAGAUCAGUUAUCUGUAAAAGAUAUCUGCCACUUCAAAAAAUUUACAAGAAGCAAUACUGAUGAAAUGGACUCAAGGAUGCGGGAUACAGGGAAUGAUAGUGCCAGCACUGCUCCAAGGAGCACAGAGGAGUCUCUUUCAGAAGAUGUAUUUACUGAAUCAGAACUCUCUCCAAUACGGGAGGAGCUUGUUUCUUCUGAUGAGCUUCGACAAGAUAAAUCUUCUGGAGCCUCAUUGGAUUCUGUUCAGACAGCGAACCAGCCUGGCAUGGAACAUGUUACAGUUAUUACAGACUCAGCUAAUGUCCUUGGUGAUGUAAGUACUAGGGUAGAACAGCCAUUGAAUGAUGGCAGCAUGUCUCUUAGUGAUACUGUGAGUACAGAAGUAGAACAGACAAAACUGGAAGAAGUACAUGACGUAGUAGGAGGAGCUGCUGAUACUCAAGCACAAUCUCAUACAGACGUAAAACCUAGCACAGAUCAGGAAUCUGUGAUGGAAAAUGUACCUGAAGGUGAAGAGUGUUUGCAUACUGAAGAAAAUGACUCUAAAGGAGAGAUUGCACAUAAAGGGAAAAUUGUGAAAGAGCCAACUCGAGAUUCUGAGACAGAUAUCGAGACACUGCGUAAACUUUGGAAGAGCCAUACUAUGCAACAAACCAAACAACAAAGGGAUAACAUGCAUCAGGAUGCACAUAAAGAAAUGAAACACAAAGUGGCAACAGCAGAUGGAACAAUAGAAGGUUCUCUAAUGAAAGAGAAGAGGAGACAUCGGUUACACAAGUUUUUGUGUCUCAGAGUUGGCAAGCCAAUGCGAAAAACAUUUGUAUCACAGGCAAGUGCAUCAAUGCAACAGUAUGCACAGAGAGAUAAGAAACAUGAAUACUGGUUUGCUGUGCCACAGGAGAGGACUGAGCAUCUAUAUUCCUUUUUUGUUCAGUGGAGUCCAGAAAUCUAUGCAGAAGAUACUGGAGAAACAAGUAGAGAACCUGGAUUUAUUGUAGUCAAACAAAUAGAAUCUGAAGCUGGUGAAGAUUCAUUUAAUGAAGCAACAGCUAAGGAGUGGGAGGUAGUAUCAGUGGCUGAGUAUCACCGCAGGAUCGAUGCUCUAAAUAGUGAAGAACUACGCACACUCUGCAGACGUCUCAAGAUUACCACAAGGGAAGAUAUACAUUCAAAGCAGGGAACAACCAUCAAGACCGAACUGGAGCCUGAGGCAUUUCGGCCAAAUCUUAGUGAUCCCAGUGAAUUGCUGCAACUGGAACAAAUUGAAAAGCUAACAAAAUACCUUCCACCUCGAACUAUUGGUUAUCCAUGGACUCUUGUCUACAGCACUGCAAAACAUGGAAUGAGUUUGAAGACCCUGUAUAGAACAAUGAUGGGGCUCGACACACCCGUACUACUAGUUAUCAAAGACAGUGAUGGACAGAUCUUCGGGGCACUAGCUUCUGAACCUUUCAAAGUCAGUGAUGGUUUUUAUGGCACUGGAGAAACCUUUCUUUUUACUUUCUGUCCUGAGUUUGAGGUGUUCAAAUGGACGGGAGAUAAUAUGUUCUUUCUUAAAGGAGACAUGGAUGCCUUAGCUUUUGGUGGCGGAGGGGGUGAAUUUGCGCUGUGGCUUGAUGGGGAUCUCUACCAUGGAAGAAGUCAUUCCUGUAAAACAUUUGGGAAUCGCACUCUUUCUAAGAAAGAAGACUUCAUUAUACAAGACAUUGAAAUUUGGGGCUUUGAAUAAAUACAAACUGCCAGUAUGAAAGGUGGUCCCAAACCUGACACUGAUCAGUGCAGCACAAAAGCCCUUGAAGCAAUGCAGCAUAUUUGUUUUG